AUGUCUGCCUCUCAAGCCCUGCAAGCUCGCAAUGAGGUCACCGCCAGGCUCUACGCUGACCCCCACAAUCCCCACCACCACCUUGAGCGAGGCCUCAUCUACCAAAAGCUAGGCUUCCCAGACCUAGCCUCCGCAGACGCGUACCGCGCAUUGGCCCUACUGGAGUCCGUUAUUGACCCAGAUGAGUGUGAAUUCCACGCCAAGCGGAAAUUAGACCCCUCCAAGGUCGAACAGUCGAAUGAGUCCGACUCCGAGUCCGAUGAAGAAGACAAUACAGUCCCCAUCACCCAAGAAGAAUACGACGCAAUCAUAGACAAGGUCUACACCCUCCUAGUCUGCAGUCUAGUCAACUGCGGCUGCUACCGCGAUGCCUUUGAAUUCGGCGUCCGCGGUCUAGCCCUGCUCCAAACCAACACCUCCGCAACAAAAAUUCUAAACGAACAAAUGAACCGCAUCAAAGAGAUCUACAAAUCCCGCACCAGCACAGAAACAGACCUAGAUCUCUCCUCCAUCGACUCAAGCAAACUUCCCAGCCAAGGCUUCGCCCGCAGAAUCCUCUACCCCUGGAACGAGCACGAGCCAGAUCGCCGCUCCCCAGAAACCUUGCAGCUCUUAAACUCGCGACUGGCCACAAUCGCCCCAAAAUGCGAAGUCCGCGCCGUCGCCCUCCCAGUCCUGCACGCAACCGCAGACGAAAACAUGGAUGUCUCCGUACAACUGGGCCUCUUCGCCAAAGAGGACAUCGCCCCAGAUGAGAUCAUCCUGCGCGAAUCAUCCCUGCUGACAGCGACGAACCGCCUGCACGACGAUCUCUGCGACGCAUGCAACGCGCCGCUGCCGGAUCUCUCAGCCAAAAGCCCGCCCGUCGCCUGCGAAGGCGACUGCGUGGAUAUCAUCUUCUGCAGCCAGGAGUGCCAUGACACCGCACAGGAGGUGUACCACGGGGCGAUCUGUGGACUGGAGGAUGGGCUGGAUUCUAUCGGAAAGGAUAUUGCUGAUCCGACGGAUAAGGCUGAUUACCUGUACCUGCUUUUGGUGGGGCGAGCGAUUGCGAUGUCUGCGACGCAGGAGAAGCACGCGCUGGAGCUGCCUGAGGUGAAGUAUAUCUGGGGUGAUUUCCACGAUUUCGAUAUCGAGGGGACGGAGACAAGUGCGGAAGCAACGCUGCCGUUUUCGUUCCAGCUGAAUGUGCUCCAGCCGGAGAGGAUUCUCGAUGAAAUGGGUCUUGAUCCGUAUGUGGAGCUGUGUCGGUUUGAUACGUGGGUGUUGAAUACGCUGUAUGCGAAGUUCCGGGGUACGGCGUCCGGCAGACUUAGUACUUGGGACGGUGGGCCGGAGUUGUGUGCUGUGCAUCCGUUGUGGUGUUUGGCAAACCACUCGUGUGAUCCCAAUGUGACGUGGGAGUGGAGUAGUGAGAUUAAUUUCCGGGCGAGACGGGAUGAUGAGACGGCUGUUUGGUCUAGGGAGGGGGAGGUCAGGGAGUUGAGGCCUGGAGGCAUUAAGAAAGAUCAGGAAAUUCUGAAUCAUUAUUGCGACAUUGGGUUGCCGGUAGUUAAGAGAAGAGAGUGGGCUUCUGGCGCUUUGGGAGGCACUUGUUUGUGUGAUCGGUGUGUUUGGGAAGCUGGGGAGAUUUAA